AUUUAGAAGCUCUGGCCCUGCCGCUCGGGGAGCGGCGCCGCGCGGCGGCGGCUGAGGCUUUGGUAUGAACAGGAUUCGGAUUCACGUCUUGCCGACUAAUCGGGGGAGGAUCACGCCGGUGCCCCGGACCCAGGAGCCCCUGUCCUGUGCCUUCAGUCACCGCCCGUGCUCGCAGCCCCGUCUGGAAGGGCAGGAGUUUUGCCUCAAGCAUAUCCUUGAGGACAAGAAUGCUCCCUUCAAGCAGUGUAGUUACAUAUCGACGAAGAAUGGAAAAAGAUGUCCCAAUGCUGCCCCCAAGCCCGAGAAGAAGGAUGGGGUAUCCCUCUGUGCUGAGCAUGCCCGAAGGAAUGCCCUGGCACUUCAUGCCCAAAUGAAGAAGACCAAUCCAGGGCCUAUGGGCGAAACACUUUUGUGCCAGCUGAGCUCAUAUGCAAAGACAGAGCUGGGAUCUCAGACUCCUGAAAGUAGCCGCAGUGAAGCUAGCCGAAUUCUGGAUGAAGACAGCUGGAGUGAUGGGGAGCAGGAACCUAUUUCCGUGGAUCAGACAUGGAGAGGUGACCCUGACAGUGAGGCUGAUAGCAUAGACAGCGAUCAAGAAGACCCCUUAAAACAUGCUGGUGUCUACACAGCAGAAGAAGUGGCCCUGAUCAUGCGGGAAAAGCUCAUUCGUUUGCAGUCCUUGUACAUUGAUCAAUUUAAACGACUUCAGCAUCUGCUCAAAGAGAAGAAGCGGCGCUAUUUACAUAACCGCAGAGUAGAGCAUGAAGCUCUAGGUGGUAGUCUCCUGACAGGCCCAGAGGGACUUUUGGCCAAAGAACGAGAGAACUUAAAGCGACUAAAAUGUCUCCGGCGAUAUCGACAGCGCUAUGGAGUAGAAGCCUUGCUGCAUAGGCAGCUUAAGGAGCGCAGAAUACUGGCCACGGAAGGGGCCGCCCAGCAGGCCCAUACCACUCGUUCCAGUCAGAGGUGCUUGGCUUUUGUGGAUGAUGUUCGUUGUUCCAAUCAGUCUCUUCCAAUGACCAGACACUGCCUUACCCAUAUUUGUCAGGAUACGAAUCAGGUUCUCUUCAAAUGCUGCCAGGGAUCUGAAGAAGUACCGUGCAACAAACCAGUUCCUGUAAGCCUCUCUGAGGAUCCCUGCUGCCCUCUGCAUUUCCAGUUGCCUCCUCAGAUGUAUAAACCCGAGCAGGUACUGUCUGUGCCAGACGAUCUGGAAGCCGGCCCCGUGGAUCUGUACUUGAGUGCUGCUGAGCUUCAGCCUACUGAGAACUUACCUCUGGAGUUCAGUGAUGACCUGGAUGUUGUAGGGGACGGUAUGCAGUACCCGCCUUCACCCUUGCUUUUUGAUCCUUCAUUGACCCUUGAAGAUCAUUCGGUCAGAGACAUUGCUGAAGGUCCAGUGGAUAUUUUGGCAAGUGAAGAACAACCCAGGGCCAGGUGCAAAUGGCUGGAGAUGUCUGCAGAUUACAGGGCUCUCGGAGUUCUGAGAAAGUGUCUGCGUCAUUGUCGCAAAGUGGAGUGGCAAAUGGGAAGCCAGAGCCCAGAUCUGUCAGCUGAUAGUUUUGUUUUGGGAACCGAUUGACAGGAGGAUUUGAACUCCCCGUUCGUUAAGGAAGCUUUUCUAACGGUUUCAUUAAAAAUAGCCUAGACUGUCUUGUUUCUCUUGUAAGUGCUACAGUCACAUGAAACCAAAUUUGGGGGAAGGCACCGUGAUGUUUAAGUGUUGUGGGUGACUUCCCAUUCUGACAGGAAGGGUGAUGUCAGAACUGCUGGAAUACUGAGACAAAGCUUGGGGCUGUGCCAAAGGACGUGCCUGUGUUGAGGGGACAUCCCAGGACUUGGAGGAACCUAUGUAGGUGGUUCGGCUGGAACAGUGGUGGGCCCGGGUCUGGUAGCUCUUUUUAACAGCCUGCAUUGUAGCCUUCCCUUACCUCUCACCUAGUGUCCAUGGAUGACCUGUAACCGCUGAGGAGACAGCCCACGGGACUGGGCCCCCUCGCAGUGUAGCUGCUUCUAACUGAUGUAUAUUUCUGUCGUAGUUAUAUAAGACAAUAAAAGAAUUAUUGGGUAUAG